UCCUUGUCCACUCCCAAAGCUGGAUCCCUUCCGGGUCGAUGCGGACGGGCCCAGCGCCUGAAGGCUGAGGCGCAUGGGCCAGGCAUCCACCUCCUGGUGCACCGAGGGCCUGCCUGACAAUGAAACCAUUGCCUGGGCGCUGAGUGCGCCGGCCAUUCGGCCUCAGCGAAGCGCCUGCGUGGACCUCGAGGAUUUGCUGGCAGGGUGCCCUCGGGAGCUCUCGGAGAGCUUGCGCGACAGCGGCCAGGCGGCACUGCUGCGGUGUCGGCCCUGGCUUACGGCCGGGGCACUGCGGGGCCUGCAGCGAAGCCUGCAGUGCGCCCAGCUGAAGACCACGGCGAAUCGAUACCGAGACAUCGAGCCGGACGAGUAUGGCUACUCGGUGCCUAUCACCGUGCCCUGGGCCGAGUUGGACUUGGACCACGUCAUCAGCGCCGGGCAGGUCUUCUCCUCCGAAGAAGCGCAGCACGACAAGGUGAUGCAUCUCCGCAAGGUUGGCCUACAGGCCAUUCGCCUGGGCAAGGUGGGCGUGGUUUUGAUGGCAGGAGGCGCCAAUUGGCGCCUCGGCGGCCCCGUCUCCUGCAGGUCGCUAAACCUGAAGAGCGGCAAAAGCAUCAUCCAGAUCCUCUGCGAGCGAGUGCGGCGGGUGGCCAUGCUGUGCCGCACGGAGGACCGACGAUGGGCAAAGCGCAUUGCGAUCCCGGUCUUGGUGAUGACCUCCCGCUUGACCCACCGCGCGGUCCUAGAGCAUUUUGAGGCCAAUCAAUAUUUCGGCUUGCAUCCCGGCGACGUGAUCUUUUUCGACCAGCCGGUCGGCCCGGUGCUGGACAUGAACUCGAAACUCCUGCCGCAAAGCCUGGGAGGAGAAUUCGCCCAGUCUCCGGGGGGCACCGGCGCAGUGCUGCGAGCAUUGGCCAGCUCCUCGGCGCUGGAGCAGUGCCGGGAUCGGGGCGUGGAGUGCUUGCACAUCUUGGGUACGGAGAACCUCUUGGCUCGUGUCUGCGAUCCGGUCUUCAUCGGAUUUUGCCGGCACCUGGACGUGGACUGCGCCAGCAAAGUCGCGGAGCGUGGGGACAUCACGGAGGACGUGGAGCUCUUCGUGGUGAGGCAGAGCCCAGUCUCCACACAGUUCGCGGACAUUGAGGAUGCCGCCUGUGGCUUGGAAGCCCUGCAGGCCCCAAAGGAGGUCCUGCAGGCGCGCAAUAGGGCCGGGCUUCUGAGCUACAACGGCUCCAUCAACUCGGUCUUCAUGACGGUCUCCUACAUCCAAGAGGUUGUAGAUCGGCCUGUGCCACAACACAAGGUGCCCAGGAUAGUGCCCUACCUGGAUUUCUACGUGGAUCUUCAGGAUGAGCAAGAGGUGGUACCGGACUCAAGCCCGCCGUCCCUGGCGAAGAAUGCCUCGCCCAGGGGCAAGCCCACUGGCCUCAAGAUGUCGUCUUGGCCCUGCGAGACCUUGGCGGAUCUGGCCUGCCAGCGGGCGCUGCUCGCGGCGGCGGCGGAGAUUCGGAGCAGCCACAAGCCCAGUGAUGACCUCGACGCCUGGCGCUGCGAUGUGAAUCUGGACGCCUCGGGCGCUGUGGCGGUGGUGCGGCUGCGUGAGGCGCAGCGCGGCCCGCGCCUGGUGCCCGGGUCCCUCCAGGGGCCCAACGGCGCCGAGGUGUUGCGUGUGGCGCUGAGAGACCAUGCUCUCUUGAGGUGCAGCCUAGUGGUGCCCAGCAAGCCCAACGCCUUCGUCCUGGAGACGUCGAUCCUGGACUACUUCGCCUUCACCGACCGAGCCGUUGCCUUCAAGGUGAGCCGCGAGGUGGAGUUCGCCCCCGUGCGCGAGGCCAGGGGCCGCCACACCCCGGAGGCCGCCAGGCUCACGAUGCACAGGCUGCACUGUGCGUGGGUUCGUGCUGCUGGCGGUAGCAUCGAAGAGAGCGGCGAGCAUGACGUGCUGGAGGUCUCCCCGCUGGUCUCCUUCGAAGGGGAGGGCUUGGGCUCACGCCCAGCAGGCGGCAGAGGUUUGGACCUGGACGGCACGGUGCUGAAGCUGCCCUGCCACCUCACCGCGCCCCAGGAGACUCCCGAGGAGGCGACUGAGAAAGAUGAGACCUCUGCUACACAGGGCGCAGAUGGCCUCGACUCCAGCCCCUUCUACCUGCAGGAAUAUCCUCUCCGGCCGGCGGUCAGCAGGUCGAACGCCGGGCUCCAGAGAGAGCUCGGUUUGGGGGAAGGCUCCGCAGCUGAAAGAGCCCGGGACGAUGUGAGAAAUUUCGCUGAAGCGAGCCAGCGCGGGGGUGGGCGCCUUCAAACGUGAAC